AUGAAGAGACUUAAUGGGAUUGAACUACCAAAAUUGACAGAUGUGUUUUGCUAAUGGGUGUGAGCAAGCUAGAUGUCUUAUAUAGGCGUCUGCUUCUCACUAAGCUUUUUAUUCAAGGAUGGGGAAGACCAGAAGACUUAAAAAGAAUAUUUGAAUUCAGAAAGAUUAUUGGAAACAGAGAAAAAUGUCAAAAUCUUGUUCCAAGGGACUAUCCUGUGCACAUUAAUAAGGUUGAGGAGCAAUCAGACUGCAAGAUCCUUGAUGGACACUUCAUUUCUCCUUUGGCACAUUAUGUUCCUGAUAUCAUGCCAUCAGAGUCAAUUACUGCAAGGUUUCAAUUUAUAGUACCAAAGAGAUGGAACAGCAAGUACAAACCUGUUUGUAUUCAUUUAGCAGGCACUGGAGAUCAUUACUUUUGGAGACGACGAACUUUAAUGGCCCGUCCAAUGAUCAAAGAGGCCAGCAUGGCUUCAUUAUUGUUAGAAAACCCCUAUUAUGGGUACAGAAAACCUAAGGAUCAGUUAAGAUCCUGUCUAAAAAAUGUAUCUGACCUAUUUGUGAUGGGAGGAGCUCUUGUAUUAGAAUCAGCAACUCUUUUGCAUUGGCUGGAAAAAGAAGGAUAUGGACCUCUAGGAAUGACUGGCAUAUCAAUGGGAGGACACAUGGCAUCAUUAGCAGUAUCAAAUUGGCCUAAACCAUUACCAUUAGUUCCCUGUCUGUCCUGGUCUACAGCUUCUGGUGUUUUUACUACGGGUGUAUUGAGCAAGGCAGUGAAUUGGAGGGAACUAGAGAAACAGUAUUAUAGUCAGAGUGUUUAUGAAGAAGAAAUAAUUCAAAUGCUUGAAUAUUGUGGAACAGAUUCAUUCAAGAUGGGACAAGAUUUUGUUAAAAAUUCUCCAAGCAGUGUGGACAACUUGAGUUGUCUGGAUCUCAACUCCAGUAUUCUGCAUCUGGAUAUCGGAAACGAAGUUCCUUCUUCAGAAGUGGACCACUGCCUUAGUCCUAAUAGAAACAAUCUAAGCUCCUCAACAGAAGGAUUGUUGGUGCAAGAUGUACCCAAAAUGCAGUGCAUAAACCAGACAUUUUCAACCAGCAUCAGUAGUGCUAAUUUUUCCAGUGAACAAAAGCACCUGAUAAAUGGAAAAAAUGACAGUUUACAAAGGGAAUCAUUACGAUUUAUGAAAGGAGUAAUGGAUGAAUGUACCCAUGUUGCUAACUUUUCAGUUCCAGUUGAUCCCACACUGAUCAUAGUUGUCCAAGCUAAGGAAGAUGCCUAUAUUCCAAGAACUGGAGUGCGUAGCCUUCAAGAAAUUUGGCCAGGAUGUGAAAUCAGAUACUUGAAUGGAGGUCAUGUUAGUGCUUAUCUCUUCAAACAAGGAUUGUUCAGGCAAGCCAUAUAUGAUGCAUUUGAACGCUUUGUUCAGAAAUAUUUGGCAUAGUCCUCUUCUGUUGAAUUGUUCCAUGUAUUUUUACUCCUGUGUGGAUCCUGAUAUUAACUUCAUGAAUAGACAAACCUAACAAAAUUGUAAUCAAAUAUAACUUUUUAAAGUUAGAUUUGUGGUGCUAAAGUGAUUUUAGCAAAAUUUGUUAAUAUUGGUAUCUUAAAUCUGCAAAAUAUGCUUUGAUUAAAAAUUAUUAUGAUUUGGAAAGUUUAUACACCCAUAAAAGAGAGACCAAUUCAGUUUUGACAACUCUUAAAUUUCAACUUGCACACUUCUUUUGUUCUACUUUAUUAUAAAUAUCCAAAGAAAUAGUAUUGCGUUACAGCAAUAUAAUACUAGCUCCUAAAGGAAAAAAUAAUAUAAAUUAGGCUUAAUAUAUUGAAAUUCCCCCUCCCUAUCUCUUAAGAUAUUCUAGUUUGAAUUAUGAUCACGUACAGAUCCAAUAUCCAGAGUUAAUUUUUUUUCUACUUGAGCUUGAUGAGUAAAUGUAGUGUACUUAACUAAUUUUCCUGUAGUCUAUUUUUUACUUUAUUACUAUAUUCAUUUAACAUAAUUGAUAGCAAUAACCCGUGCCUUAAAAAAGACAAAGAUGCACAUUUUGAACCACAAGAAUUGAAAUAAAGAUUGGUGUUUCUGUCAAUGUUGCAUGUAUUAAUGUU